AUGUUGCAGACAGGGUUGAUUGCGAACGCGCACAAUGACUUGGUAACCGACGCGUCCUACGACUUCUAUGGUCUUCGUCUCGCGACAUGCAGUCUUGAUCAAAGGAUCAAGAUAUGGCAAUUAGACGAGAGUAAUGGGUCAUGGAGAGUGGAGGAUGAUUGGAAAGCCCACGACGCUGCAAUUUCCAAAGUCAGCUGGGCGCAUCCUGAGUUCGGAAGUAUUAUUGCCUCUGCGUCGUUUGACCGCACAGUCAAAGUAUGGGAGCAAACGUCUGCAGUGGACAGCGAUGGCCCGCAGGUGAAUGGUGGCGCUGGUCCUUCUAGUGCGUCACGAUGGGUGGAACGCGCCGUUCUAGUGGACGCGAAAGGCACUGUGCGCGCAGUUGAAUUCGCCCCUCAUCAUUUCGGAUUGAAGUUGGCGACAGUAUCCUCUGACAACCAUCUACGCGUAUACGAGUGCGUAGAGCAGCGAUCACUCACUCCCUGGGAGCUUGCGGAAGAGAUCGACGUGCUUUCGCUCCCAUCCGCGUCCCCCGCGGCCGGCGCACUUUCGGUCACGCUCGCGACACCAACGCAGACAUCUGCUCCUCUGGACGGCGUUUCAGUCUCCAUGGUGGCGCACGCGCUGCAGCAGCAGCAGCAGCAAAGCCAGAUGCCCAGUAGACCAGGCAUGGGUCAUCGCGAGGCUGACGGUGGAUGGACCAUCUCAUGGUGCAAAGACCGAUAUUGGGGGGAGAUUAUUGCUGCUGGCUGUGGGAUCACUGGCGUUGUGAAGAUCGUACACCUUCCGCCAUCUCGCCGACCAGUGACUCUCCUCACGCUCGACUCCACGCCAAGCGAUGGUGCACCCAAGAGUAUUCCAUCGUUAGACGAUACGCCUCCGCCGUAUGCCAUCACGUCUGUCGCGUGGGCGCCAUCGUGUGGACGCUCAUACCACCUGAUCGCGACGGGCGGACGAGACGGGCAUGUGCGGAUAUGGCGCGUGAAGCCGCCGACACCCAGCGACGAGCUGGAGGCCGAGGGCGAGCCGGACACUUCAGAGGGCAACUGGUCCGCCAGUAUCGUCGGCGACUUCGAUGACCACAAAUCGGCGGUAGGCCGGGUCGAGUGGAACAUUACCGGGACGAUUCUCUCGUCCGCCGGCAACGAUGGGCGGAUUCGGCUAUGGAAAGUCACCGCGGGUAAUGUGUGGAGACCCGCGGGCCAUGUCAGCAUCGAGCAAGCCGAGGAGCAGCGGCCCGAUGUCGAAAUGGAGGAUACUCCUUUGGCGGAGUAG